AUGUACGAUACUUUCACUUCAGAUCACUUGACAACAAUCUUGAUUAGCUGUCUAAUAAUUUAUUUAGCAUUAGUCAAAUACCUAAGAUUUCAACAUCGAGAUCAACUAUUAAAAAACUUUUCACACUUAAAUUCUGCAUCGAAAUUAAAAGAUAUGACAUAUGAAGAAUCAAGAGAGAUUUCAAGGGUUUUAAUCGAAUUAAAUUGUCCAUAUAUUUCUCAUACAUCACUUUCACUUGCUUUAUUUCAAACCUAUUCCGUUCCAAGUAUCUCUAAAUUGUCAAACAAGACCGGACGACUGAAUUUACCUUCUUGUGUGGGUAAGAGAGCAGAAGAUACCGUCUGUUUGUUAGCCGAAUUACAAACCUUUGGAUUAUUCAGUCAAAGAGGUUCUCUAGCCAUCUCAAGGAUCAAUUUCUUACAUUCGAUCUAUUCUACUUCGAUCUCUCCAGAUGAUUUAUUGUUUACAUUAAGUUUAUUUAUUUUCGAACCACUUAGAUUGAUUGAUCAAUUCGAAUGGAGAACUUCAACUGAGCUCGAAAAGUAUUCUAGAUUUGUUUUAUGGUCUCAUAUAGGUCAAAAGAUGGGAAUCAAACAUUUACCUAGUACUCCUGAAGAUUUAUUAAAUUGGUUAAAAGUUUAUAAAACAAAAGCUGUGGUAUUUGAUCCAUCAAAUGUUAAAUUGGGUGAAGCUACUAUCAACUUAUUUGCUAGACCUUAUCCUAAAUUCCUAAAACCGUUCCUAAGAAAAUCAAUUAUAUAUUUUUUACCUGAUGAUAUACGUGAAGCAUUUGGUUGGUCAAAUGAGAUUCCUUUAUAUAUAUCUAGAUUGAUUCCAAUUAUCUUUAAGAUCAGAUCGUUUUUACUAUUACAUUUCACUUUACCUCGUCAAGCUUCAUUUGAUUUCGGUUUAAGAGAUCCUAGCUUAGAAAACGCAUCGAUGGAUGAUGAAACUACAUUUUAUCAACGUUCGAAUUGGUUAUUUGAACCUUGGUAUGUGAAGAAAACCUUUUGGAAUCAGUUUUGGUCGGUUUUUGGAUUCAGUGUUCCUUCGAAUGAAUUCCAACAAGAAGGUUAUGAGAUCCAUCAACUGGGUCCUAGAGAGUUUGCUAAACUUGGUCAUUCUUGGGUUCAUGGUCAAGCUAAAGAUAUUCGGGAAUCUGAUCCUGAAAAACAUACUUCAUAA